AAUUCGAAAAUCCAAAUAAAAAUAGAAACCAUUUGCGUCCUUUGAUUCAUCCAUCGAAUAAAAAAUCCAAAUCCAUUUCCAUGGGCACUUCUCAGAGCCGCGAGGGCCUCGAAGUCACCGACUCUGACUCCGAUCACGAAGAACAACGCGAAGAAGAAGAAGAAGAAGAAGAACAGGACGAAGACGCCCAAACACCCUCCGUUUCCCAAUCGACCAAGCUCGACGACGUCGACGCCAAACUCAAAGCCCUCAAACUCAAAUAUCAAUCACCUUCUUCCUCCACCAAACCCCAAAACGUCGUCAAGCUUUACCUCCACAUUGGCGGUAACACUCCCAACGCUAAAUGGAUCCUCUCCGACAAACACACUUCCUACACCUUCCUCAAAUCAAACGACAACGAAGAAGACGAAAACGACGAUGGUGAGGGUAAUUGGGCUCUCAAGGUCGGUUCCAAGGUUCGCUCUAGGGUUUCUUCUGAAAUGCAAUUGAAGAUGUUCGGCGAUCAACGCCGCGUCGAUUUCGUCGCCAACGGCGUCUGGGCCCUCAAAUUUCCCUCCGACGACACUUACCGUAAAUUCGUCACCGAAUUUCAGAACUGCCUGUUCGAAAACGUGUACGGUCUCGAGUGCACCGAAGAGAACAAAAUCAAGGUCUACGGCAAAGAGUUUAUCGGCUGGGUGAAGCCUGAAGCCGCCGAUGAUUCGGUUUGGGAAGACGCCGACGACGCCUUCGCGAAGACUCCGCCGGAUCCGGUUCGGUCCAGAGAGGAUUUAAUGGAGGAGUUCGAAGAAGCUGCAAACGGAGGGGUUCAGACCGUAACCCUAGGCGCUCUCGACAACAGUUUCAUGGUCAACGACACCGGCGUUCACGUUUACCGGAAUUUCAACCGCGGGAUUCACGGCAAGGGAGUCUCCGUCAAAUUCGACGGCCGGAAUUCCCGGCAACAGACGCCGAACAAGGCGUUGUUGAUGAGAGCAGAGACGAACAUGCUACUGAUGGGUCCUUUGAAAGAUGGGAAACCUCAUGCUUCGACACUUAAUCAGCUUGAUAUUGAAACUGGGAAGAUCGUGACGGAGUGGAAGUUUGAGAAGGAUGGUGCUGAUAUAACGAUGAGGGAUAUCACCAAUGAUACAAAAGGGUCUCAGUUGGAUCCUUCGGAAUCAACGUUUUUGGGGUUGGAUGAUAACAGGCUCUGUCAAUGGGAUAUGCGUGAUAGAAAAGGAAUGGUUCAGAAUAUUGCCACGGCUAGUUCCCCCGUGUUGCAUUGGAACCAGGGGCAUCAGUUUUCAAGAGGAACUAACUUUCAGUGCUUUGCAACCACUGGGGAUGGUUCCAUUGUGGUGGGGUCUCUUGAUGGGAAGAUAAGGUUGUAUUCGAAGACUUCGAUGAGGCAAGCUAAGACUGCGUUUCCGGGGCUGGGUUCGCCGAUUACCAGUGUUGAUGUUACUUAUGAUGGCAAGUGGGUGCUGGGCACCACUGACACUUACUUGGUGUUGAUUUGCACUUUGUUCACUGAUAAAGAUGGGAAGACAAAGACUGGGUUCGGUGGUCGUAUGGGAAACAGGAUAGGUGCUCCCAGAUUGUUGAAGCUAACUCCUCUGGAUUCGCAUUUGGCUGGUGCAAGCAAUAAGUUUCAUGGUGGACAUUUCUCAUGGGUCACUGAGAAUGGUAAACAAGAACGCCACCUUGUUGCGACUGUGGGCAAGUUUAGUGUGAUAUGGGAUUUUCAGCAGGUAAAGAACAGUGCUCAUGAAUGUUACAGAAAUCAACAAGGGCUGAAGAGCUGUUACUGUUAUAAGAUAGUAUUGAAGGAUGAAUCAAUUGUAGAAUCACGAUUUAUGCACGACAAAUUUGCUGUUAGUGAUUCUCCAGAAGCUCCGUUGGUAGUUGCAACUCCUCUGAAAGUCAGCUCCAUCAGCCUGUCUGGAAAGCGACGUGGUUAAACCCUUGCUUACAUUUUUUCCAAGGUUUCAAAUUUCUGGUGUUAGGAGUGCCUUUGAUCAAUGUAUUGCUUCUAUUCAUGUUUGAGAUGCUUUUGGUCUUCUGUAUAGUGAGUUUUAGGUUGCCUUGUAUCUAUUUUCUUUCUUACACGGUGUUCAUUUUGUGAUUACAAGUUUGGGUUUGCAAAGUUUGAACUGCCUUUUUGUUUACAAAUGAAAGAUUAGUUAUGAAAUGGCGUUAUUACAUUGCUUUUUUUUUUUUCCUCUCUCGUGGAUUUAGUAUAUUUAGUUUAGGAGAAAAUUUAGGACAAAAGUUAUGUACAAAUGAUAAUUUGCAACAUUAAAUGCAAAUAUUUUAGUAAAGCAAAUAUUUC